GAAGCAUUGCGUCCACAUUAGAAUUGUCGUCCGUAUCACGCUGCUGUACCAGCCAGACAGUAGUUGAAAUAUUCGUGCUAUAGGCCUACGUGUUGUAUGGUUGUAGCCUAGUGUAUGAUUAUAGCUACCCUGUUGUGGCUGUAAUGGAGUCUGACAUGAUUAAAUCUACGGAAUAUGCAUCUAUGCGCAGUGAAACUGACAUCGACAAACAACUGGGUAGAACUCUUAUAGCUGUUGGGUUGGGUGUUGCAGCUGUAAGCUUUGCAGGUCGUUAUGCAUUCCAGUUAUGGAAGCCUCUAGGACAAGUAAUCUUGGAAACAGCCAAAAAAAUCCCCACUACUUCAUUCUCUACAUACUACAAAGGAGGAUUUGAGCCGAAGAUGACCAAGCGUGAAGCCAGCCUCAUCCUUGGUAUUAGUCCAACUUCCACUAAAGCAAAGGUGCGAGAAGCUCACAGGCGGAUCAUGGUUCUAAAUCACCCGGACAAAGGUGGAUCUCCCUUUUUGGCUGCAAAAGCCAAUGAAGCAAAAGACCUUCUUGAGUCAGGUUCACGGGGUUGACUUGGCUGUUUUAAGAUUGAACUAAAUUUGAGGACCUUAGUUAUUUCCCAUUUCUAAUUCCUCUUUCCAAACAACUCUUUGCACCAGUUCCACCAAUGACUCUUAUAGUCUGAGUGAAUGUAGCUUGUACUGAUGAUGGGGUGAUGCAUAUUACUGUUGAUGUUGAAGGGGCCAUGUGUAAAAAAGUUUUCAUUGUAUGCAAACUGUCUACAUUGUUUUAUGGUACUGAGCGUAAAGGAUGAGUUCACAGGCUCCUUAACCUGUAACAUGCUACCUCAGUGGUUGCUGUUGAAUGAUGAGGUAAUGAUGAAAUGGUAGAAAAGUGUUGUGCACAUCAUAUGAACUCUACUGUCCAGGCAUAUCUGUAACAAUGGCUAUAUGUGCCGUUAUUGAUGUGUACACACAUGCACAUUUAUUUAUUUGCUUGAGAUUGUAUCUGUAUUAGAUGAAUAAAAUGUUUUAAAUGGUC